AUGGCUCCAAAAACAAUUGUAUCAGUCGCCAUUGUUAUAACUUUGUGUCAAUUGACUCUUGGUCAAGUAAUACCAGCCUACAUCGGAGGUAACUCGGUCGUAGAAAACAAUGUAGUGGUCAACUCGGCCAGCGGUGGCUUGACCAGUGGUCUCGGCUUGACCGGAAUUAACAACCUGAAUAGCGGCAUUGGCGUCAUAAACAGUGGACUUGGCGUCGCCAACGGUGGUCUAGCUGUUGAGUUUGGCGGACCUGGCUAUAUCAACUUGGCGUCGAUUUCUGGUGGCGGAGUUUUGCCUAACACCUUAGCCCAAGUCCCAGGGCCAGGAUUUGGAAAUGGUUUCGGUAACUUAGGACUCAACAAUAUAGCGGAGAAUAGCAUCUCUUCGGCCAAUUUGGCAGGAAACAUCCUUGGCAAUAACUUACUUGGCAACAACUUGGCAAGCAACAGCUUAAUUAACAACAACAACUUAAUUGGCAACAACUUGGCCGCAGCCGGUUUGGCUAACAACAACUUAGUAGCGAACAACUUAAAUGCAAACAACAUAAACAAUUUUGCGAACGCCGAAGCUUUAAGUAGCUUAGCUGCCAACACCUUGGCGGUAAACAACUUUGGUGGCAACAAUCUUGGCAAUAAUUUACUGGCAAAUAAUUUGGCAAAUAACAAUUUAGCUGCCAAUAGUUUAGGAGGUAAUUUCGGCAAUUUAGCUAGCAAUAAUUUCGGUCUAAACAAUUUGGCAGGUUUGUCAAAUAAUAAUUUAAUAAACAAUGUAAAUGCCAAUAAUUACUUAGGGAAUCUGGGUAAUUUGAAUAUAGGUAAUUUGGCGACUGGAUCUGUGGCAGGCUACGGCGCUACUCAGUUAGGGGAGUUUGCCAUUUCUGGCGAGUUGCCCGUUUCUGGCAAGACUGGCAUUACUGGGGACAUGCCAGUGAUUGGCUACGUCACUUUUGAAGGGUACGUGCCAGCCGGUGGCAUAGUCAGUGUUGCCAAUUGUGAUUGUAUGAGUAGAUAA